UCAAGAAAAACAAAAUAAAAGAGAGACAAAAAAAAAUUCUUCACUUCUUCCGCUUUGAGUCGGUCUCUCUGGUUCUGGUGAUAAUAGUCGUUGAACUCAACCAUGGCAGCUCUGCAGUAUCUCGAGUCAUUGCGCAACACGCAUCCGGAGCUAUCGGAAUGGUACAAUUCGCUGGCGGAUCUGUACGAGAAGAAGCUCUGGCACCAGCUCACUCUCAAGCUCGAGCAGUUUGUCGCUCUCGCCGUCUUCCAGGCUGGCGAUGCUCUGAUACAAUUAUAUAACAAUUUCAUCACCUACUUUGAGACAAAGAUCAACCUUCUCAAGCUUGCACAUUUUGCUGUUGUCGUAUCUCGUCAAUAUCCUGAUAAAGAUGCUGCCAUUAGUUAUCUUGAAGGGGUAAUAGAAAAGUUACGAGUUACUAAAGAAAAUCGCAUAGAGGAGCCUAUCCUUUACAUCAAAAUGCAAAUCGCUCUUUUCAAACUUGAGCAAGGGGAUCAAAAAGAGUGCAAGAGACUCCUUGAGGAGGGGAAGAGUGCUCUAGACAGUAUGACGGAUAUUGAUCCAUCUGUGUAUGCGAGUUUUUAUUGGGUUUCAUGUCAAUAUCAUAAAUAUCGUCAGGAAUUUGCUGAGUUCUACAGAAGCGCUCUUCUUUAUCUGGCAUACACUUCAGUGGAGUCUCUGUCAGAUUCAUUCAAGCUGGAUUUGGCAUUUGAUCUUUCCCUAUCUGCUCUGCUGGGAGAUAACAUCUACAACUUUGGAGAAUUGCUCGCUCAUCCUAUUAUUAAGAGCCUCCUAGGAACAAAGGUUGAAUGGCUUUACCAUAAUCUUCUGGCAUUCAACUCUGGGGAUCUGGUUCGCUAUCAAGAAUUAUGUCGUGUGCACAAUGCUGCCCUAAGUGCUCAACCAGCAUUGGUUGAGAAUGAGAAGAAGCUACUGGAAAAAAUCAACAUUCUCUGCCUCAUGGAAAUUAUCUUCAGCCGCCCAUCUGAAGAUCGAACUAUUCCGUUAACUGCUAUUGCUGAACGCACGAAACUCUCUAUAGAGGAUGUUGAGCAUCUUCUGAUGAAAAGUCUCUCUGUACAUCUUAUUGAGGGUAUAAUUGAUCAAGUUGAGGGUACAGUUCAUGUGUCCUGGGUUCAGCCAAGAGUUUUGGGGGUUCAACAGAUCACAUCUCUAAGAGACCGGCUUGACAACUGGUUGGAUAAAGUACAUACUGCUCUGUUAUCCAUCGAAGCAGAAACACCAGAUUUAGUUGCAUCAUGAUUUGCUUUUUGUCUUGAUUUCCCUCCGACCCUUGUAUCAAAAUUUUAACUUUGAUUAGAAGCAAAAAUGCGAAGACAGAAAAAAUAGAGAGAGAGAGAGAGACACUAGUAAGGCCCUUGGAUUGUCAUGCGAUCGAUGUACUCUUCCUUUUCCAUAUUGCACCAUCCAUUUUAUUUAGCCAUUUCCUGAAAGCAGCUACUUGUUUCCUUGACUUUGGUUGUGUUGGCUCUUCAAUGGCAUGCAUAGAGACAUGGUGAAAAAACUUAUUUCGGAUUAUAAUCUUUUCUGGAGUGGUUACUGGACUAGUGUUUUACGUAUUUGGGAAAUUUCAUCUAAUGGAAUAUGCUGUGAUAACAA